UGGCAGGUGGAAUGGAGCAGCCAUGAAUGGUGAUACCCUUUGCCAAGAACCUUCCUCCCAGCUUCCAGACUGGAGGGAAUUCUGUGAGCUUCAUGCCCAGGCCGCUGCUGUCGACUUUGCCCAGAAGUUCUGCCAGUUCUUGAAGGAGAACCCCCACUACGACACCCCCGGGGCCGAGACCUCUUUCUCCCACCAUUUUGCUGCUAACUUCUUGGACAUCUUCAGCUUGGAGGUCAACAGGGUGUUUGUAUCAGAUUCUCCCACCAAGUACAACAUUGUACCGUUUGUGGGGCUUCAGAACUGCCACAUGCCGUACGGCCGGGAUAUCUUGCCGAGGAAAGAUCAGACCUCUACAGAAUCUCUGGACAGCAUGGACAACCCGGUGCCCUCCAGCAGGUAUCUAAGCCAGUCCCAGCAAGUUCAGAUUCGAAAAGUCUCCUCCUAUGGCCAGUCCCGGAGCUCGGAGGACGUUUCUGUCCACACUAACUCAAAGCAGAAAUUCAAGAAAGGUUUCUCCUUGAGGAACAUGAGCUUGUGCGUUGUGGAUGGAAUGAAGGAGAUGUGGCAUAGAAGGUCUUCUCCGGAGCCGGGCAUGGAAGCUACCCAAGGCAGGCGGUCUGACAGGGAACACUGUCCCUCUGGGAACAAGGAACACAGUGAUUCCAGGGAAAAAUGGACUCACAAGCUGCGGCUUACUAAAGGCCAGUCUUCCAAGGUGGACCUGGUGGACAUUCAAAGAGAGGGAACCCUCCGCUAUAUGGUAGCUGAUGAUAUAAACUGUGUGGGCAGCUCUCAGUGGCAGAAGUGUCGCCUGUUGCUAAGGAAAGCUGUGAAGAUGGAGGGGGAAAGGUUCCUUCUGGAGUUUUUUGUUCCUCCCAAGGCUUCCAAAGCUAAAGUCAGCAUCCCUCUCUCGGCUAUUAUUGAGGUACGGACAACCAUGCCGUUGGAGAUGCCGGACAAAGACAACACUUUUGUGCUGAAGGUAGAGAAUGGUGCGGAGUACAUCCUGGAAACAAUUGACUCAUUACAGAAGCACUCCUGGGUGGCGGAUAUACAGGACUGUAUAGAUCCAGGGGAUAGUGGUGAUGACAUCGAACUCGCCUCCUGCACCCAGGGUGCCUGCCUACCUAGCAGGGUCUCAUCUUGUAGCUGUGAAUUUCUGGCUGAUGAUGUGCCCCGAUUUCAGGAGACAUGUGCUGGGUCUGCUGCUCCAGACGCCACGCCCAAUGCCGCCACCGUUGUCACAGCGCCUCACAGUAGGAUCAGAGACUGCUUAGGUGAACACCGAGCCCACGUACUGCUGGAGAACUUCUUGCAGACACUGGAGUCAUCGGCUACUGGCAAUCAUUUACCAGGGGAGGAAAGUGAGACGGAAGCAGAGAUCAACCUCUCAGACUUUCCUUGGUUCCACGGAACUUUGUCGCGGGUCAAAGCUGCUCAGUUGGUGCUGUUUGGUGGAGCCAGAAGCCACGGGCUGUUUGUCAUUCGGCAGAGUGAAACGCGACCAGGCGAAUAUGUACUGACGUUCAACUUCCAGGGGAAAGCCAAGCAUCUGCGACUAUCCUUGAAUGAGAACGGCCAGUGCCACGUGCAACACCUCUGGUUCCAGACCAUCUUUGACAUGCUAAGGCAUUUUCACAUGCACCCCAUCCCUCUGGAGUCGGGCGGUUCCGCUGACAUCACACUCCGCAGCUAUGUGGUAGCCUCAGCCUCCUUGCCUGAGGUCAGCCCUUCCCCAGUCGUGGCUUCCCAGCAGCCCAGUUGCAGAAACGAUCUCCAGUCUCAACACUACUUCUCCAGCUUCGUGCCGGGCACUUUCCAGCCUGCCUCCCCUUCGGAGGGCACAGCCUCCUCCUCUUCCUCCUCUGCCAGCCAUUCACUCUACCAUCGAGCGGAAGGGACCCUCAGCGCCCGCAGCCGCAGCAACAGCACCGAGCGCCUGUUUGACUCCUCCACCGUCGGCGCUGAGGAUUACCACGAAAGCGAGGGCUCGCGCAACAGAACCAGAGCGGUGGAGAACCAAUAUUCGUUUUACUGAUU